GCACGUUUUCGCCGUUGGAGCAAAUGCGAUGCGCCGGACACUCUCAUGGCAAACACAGCGGCAGCAACAACGCUUCAAUGGAUUCCAAGCAAGAGAGAAGACAAACAUCGUAGCAAAUCAAUACCCACCAAAGAGAAGUACGGCUCAAAUCCAGAAAUCUCGGAGCAAGCCUCCGCCGAAAGCUGGAGACGCCGAUAUCAAGGGAUGGAACAUUGCCAUCAGCGGAUACAUGCGCGACGGUCGGUGCGACGCCGCACUUCGUGUCUUCAACGACAUGCCUCGUCGGAGCUCAGUCUCUUACAACGCCAUGAUCUCUGGAUACUUGAUGAAUGGCGAGCUCGUGCUCGCCAGGAAACUGUUCGACGAAAUGCCUGAGCGCGACCCUGUUUCCUGGAAUGUGAUUAUCAGCGGGUAUGUGAGGAACCGGAACCUGGGUAUGGCGAGGGAAUUGUUCGAGAGAAUGUUUGAGAAGGAUGCUUGUUCGUGGAAUACGAUGUUGUCGGGUUACGCUCAGAACGGGUGCGUCGAUGAGGCAAGAAGAAUUUUUGACCGAAUGCCUGAGAAAAACGAAGUAUCGUGGAACGCAUUACUCUCGGCGUAUGUACAGAAUGGGAGAAUGGAGGAGGCUUGCGUAUUGUUUGAGUCAAGGAAGAAUUGGGCAUUGGUUUCGUGGAACUGUUUGCUUGGUGGGUUCGUGAAGAAGAAAAGGAUUGUCGAGGCAAGACAACUCUUUGAUGAUAUGCCUUUGAGAGAUGUGAUUUCGUGGAAUACAAUCAUAACUGGUUAUGCCCAGAACUCGAGAAUAGAUGAGGCACGGAAACUGUUCGACGAAUCUCCUGUCCGAGAUGUGUUUACAUGGACUGCUAUGGUAUCGGGAUACGUGCAGAACGGUCUGGUGGAGGAAGCGAGAGAAAUGUUCGAUGAAAUGCCGAAAAGAAAUGAAGUUUCAUGGAAUGCAAUGAUUGCAGGAUAUGUGCACAGCAAGAGAAUGGACAUGGCAAAGGAAUUGUUUGAUGUUAUGCCUUGCCGUAACGUCACUUCUUGGAACACGAUGAUCACUGGCUAUGCUCAGUGCAGCAAUAUCUCCGAAGCUAAGAACCUCUUUGAUAAAAUGCCUAGGAGGGACCCUGUUUCUUGGGCAGCUAUGGUCGCAGGGUAUUCACAAUGCGGGUACAGCGAGGAAGCUCUCAAUCUGUUUGUACAAAUGGAGAGAGAAGGCGGUAGACUGAAUCGAUCUUCUUUCUCCUCUGCUUUAAGCACUUGUGCCGACAUUGCUGCUUUGGAACUGGGGAAGCAAUUGCAUGGCAGGCUGGUUAAAGUUGGGUACGAGACCGGGUGUUUCGUUGGUAAUGCUCUCUUAUUGAUGUAUUGCAAAUGUGGGAGCAUAGAAGAAGCCUAUGAUGCGUUCGAGGAGAUAGCUGAGAAAGAUGUGGUCUCAUGGAACACAAUGAUUGCCGGCUACGCCCGUCAUGGUUUUGGGGAAGAGGCUUUAAGGGUUUUUGAGUCGAUGAAGAGACAAGGACUGAGACCCGAUGAUGCGACACUGGUUGCGGUGUUAUCUGCAUGCAGCCACACAGGACUCGUGGAUAAAGGCAGGCAAUAUUUCUACAAAAUGACUCGAGACUAUGGCAUAAAGCCAAACUCACAGCACUACACAUGUAUGGUGGACCUUCUAGGCCGAGCUGGGUGUUUAGAAGAAGCCCAGAAUCUGAUGAACGAUAUGCCCUUUGAGCCAGAUGCUGCAACAUGGGGAGCCUUACUCGGUGCAAGCAGAAUCCAUGGGAACACAGAAGUUGCAGAAACAGCAGCGGAGAAGAUUUUCGAAAUGGAGCCCGAAAAUCCGGGGAUGUAUAUUCUACUCUCUAAUCUAUACGCUGCCUCGGCUCGUUGGAGCGAUGUAGGUAAGAUGCGAGUGAGAAUGCGUGACAAAGGUGUGAAGAAAAUUCCGGGGUUCAGUUGGAUUGAAAUUCAGAACAAGAUCCAUACUUUUUCAGUGGGCGAUGAACUGCAUCCGGAGAGAAAUGAGAUCUAUGCGUUCAUGGAGGAUUUGGAUCUGAGGUUGAAGAAAGAAGGGUAUGUUACGUCGACGAGGGUGGUUUUGCACGAUGUUGAAGAAGAAGAGAAGGAACAUAUGGUAAGGUACCACAGCGAGAGAUUAGCAGUGGCAUAUGGGAUAAUGCGUUUGCCAUCAGGGAGACCAAUCCGAGUGAUGAAGAAUCUGCGUGUAUGCGAAGACUGUCAUAAUGCCAUCAAGCAUAUAACGAAAAUCACUGGGAGGGUGAUCAUCUUGCGGGAUAACCAUCGGUUUCACCAUUUCAAGGAUGGUUCAUGUUCUUGUGGAGACUACUGGUGAAUGUGGGUUAUAUAUAUCCUCCUGAAUUUGUAAUGUUCUUAAUAAUCAUAUGAGGAAUGGAAACUCAAGUAAAUAACAAAAGAAAAUUCUGUUU